AGAGUCCAUAACUGCGAAAAGACCAGUUUUCGUUCUUUUCUGCGCAUUGUCGCUCUGAUUGGCGAUACUUCCAGCGGAAGUGGAAAGCGAUUGGCGGAUCGCUUUCCCCCACCAUCGCUGCGUUCCCCUACCAUCUUUCAACCUGCGCGCUUAGUUAUGGACUCUCGUGACAUCAAGUAUAUGUAGUACAUAUAUGAAUACAUAAGUAUUCAUUGUAUUGUGGAACCAAUAGCAAUUAUAUAUUUUGUUAAUUUUACUCUUUGCUAUCUAUUGAUAACGAUAAUUGACAAUUUUAGGCUUAAUAUGAAAGCCGUAAUACAAAGGGUAACGAAGGCUAGCGUUUCAGAGUGAAAAAGGUACUGAAUACUAAGAUUUUUGAUGGUGAUAAUGAAAAGAAAUGGUGUGCCAGUAUUGUGGAUAAACAAUAUGAAAUACUAUGUAUCAGUCAGUUUACAUUGUAUCAUACUUUGAAAGGAAAUAGAUUAGACUUUCAUAAGGCUAUGUCUGCGCAAGAAUCUGAACCAUUUUAUAAUAAGUUUCUUGCUGAGCUUGGUAAAAGUUAUAAACCAGAAUUAAUUAAAGGCGGAAAUAUUAUUCUUAAUAAAUAUAUACAAAUAUAUUAAAUAAAGAAUACGUGGUAUUAAUUUUUAAUUGAUUUCUAAGUUUGAAACUAUUGAAACAAAAUGGAAGACGAAACUGAUAAACAAGAAGCGGGGAAUUCAAAUGUAGAUGAUAAAUUAAACAAUUCUUCUGAAAUAAGGAAUGCAGAAAAUGUGGAAUUAAAGCAAUCUAAAGCUACAAACACAGAUGAUGAAUUAUUUAAUUCACGCCAAUCGCGAGAAAUUCAAACGGAUACCAACGACCUAGAAUCAGUAGACAAAUUAAAAAACCGGUUGGACACUUUGAUGAAUUCUUUGGCUACUCUUUCAGCAGAAAAAUCGAAAAUGGAAGCAAAUUUUCAAAUAGAUAAAAAACAAUUAAGAAAUGAACGCGAUGAAUGUGAGAAGGUAAUAAAAGAUUUAAAAGACAAAUUAAAAAAAGCACAGAAUUCAAAUCACUCAGAAAUUGAACACGUAAAAUGUAAAUUAAUUAUGGAACGUCACGAGAGAGAAAAGGAACAGGCAGAUCAUGCUAAAAUGAUAAAAGAGCUUCAAAAAUUAUUAUACGAUGAACGUAAGAAUAAAGAACAAUUAGAAGCACAGCUGAAGAGUCAGUUUGCAAAUAAAACACAAUGCAAAAUACUUGAAGCAGAAUUAGAGAUAACUAGGAAUAAAUUAAGGCAAGCUGAAGAAGCAGCAAAAGAAACUCCUCCAAUUUUAUUAUCUCUGCAGUCUGAAAUGGCUCUAAUGAAGAAGCAGCAUUUGAAUGCGAUACAUGAAGAGCAAAAGAGAGCUGCAACCGCGGAGCAACAGGCCAGAGCUUUGGCAAUGACCCAUGAAGCAAGAGUGGCUGGCUUAGAAGCAAGAUUGGCUGAACUCUCAGAAAUUGUCGGAGGAUACGACAAAAUGAGACAACAAGAUCAGCAAGCAAUUCAAAAACUAAAAGACCAAUUAAUCAGUUUACAAGAUUCUGAGCAUGAUUAUAUUAAUUUAAAUAAUGAGCCUGAAGAGAUUAUCUCUAAGAUAAAGAAUCUUUAUACCAAAUUGUUGGAUUUGGACAAUAAGAAGAAUGAAUCAACACAUGUUAAAUUGUUAUUACACAAUCUAGAAUUGUGUGACAAGCAACACGUUGUUGAUUACAAAGAAAAAUAUGAAAUUUUGUUGCAAGAAUUUGAAGAUUACAAACAACAAUGGAAAUAUAGUAAUACAAAUAGGUCCUAUAAUAUUCAGAACCAAAAUAUAGCGUUGUCUCAUGAUAAAAAUAAUAAGACGCAACUACAUCUUUUGAAGGCACAUAGUAAUAAUUUAGAAGAAAGAAUACGUGUUUUGAAUAAUGAAAUUAUAAACAAGGAAAGGGAAUUACACUUGAAAUUGGAGCAUCAGCAAAAGUCAUUUCAAGAGGAUCGAGAUAAAUUGGAGCACAUGUUAAUACAAAAAGACAAUGAAUAUCGAAGUAAAAUAUCUACAUUAGAACAACAGUUACUGCGUCAAAGAGAAAGGUCAAUGGCUCUCAUAGAAGAAAAAGACAAAGAAAUCAUGAGUCUAAAAUCAUCUUUCCAUGCAGUUCUGCCUAAAAAAGAAAAUAUUCAGAAUAAAUCAGAUGACAAUAAGAGAGAACCUGUUACUGAUUUAAUGACAGGGUUAUUAACAAGUGACAGUCCUCCAAUUCUACAUUACAGUCAAGAAUUAGCUAGAAAAGAAGUUCAGGUAUCAACUUCUCGAAGGAAAGUUUUAGAAUUGGAAGCUACACUACGUGAGAGGCAAAGAGAGAUGGUUCAUAUAAAGGAGAAACAGAAGGAAGAGAUAAAAACUUUACAGGCACAGAUUGCGAGACUAGAAGCAUGCAAAUCUCGAGAAGGCGCUAAUUUGGAAUAUUUAAAAAACGUUUUCAUUAACUAUUUAACUACCAGUGAUGCUUCUAGUAAACGUCAUAUGUUGAAUGCAAUUUCUACAGUGUUGCGUUUCACUCAAGAGGAAUUAAGUAAGGUCCUCGAAGCAAAUAACUGAACUAUAUACAGGUUAAAAUUCCAUGCUCUUUUAAUCCGUGAACACGUCUAAUGUUGUGAUAAUAAAAUACAAGCAAACGGUCGAUAGCCAUUUUGUUUUACACUGUUUGAAAAAAUGAAUUACACGCACCCAUGAUCUUCCGUGUCGCAUUCUUUAAUUCAAGGCAUGAUGUACACCUGUUCAGGCUGAGAACGUCGGCGAUUGUCAACAUAGAGUACAACAUUUUAUUUGAUAACACUUGUUCAAUAAUUUAUAAUUAGACAUUGGUAUAUAAUAUAUAUAUGAUUCUUUAAUAUAUAUAUAUUCAUAUAUAUCUGCUUUCUGAAAAUUCGUAAUCCACUAUUUUCUUCACAUACAGUGAUGGUAAUACUAAUGUACAGAGGCCCUUAAAUAACGUUUCCCCGAGAAAAGUACAUCCUCUUUGUGCACUUCGUCGAAAAAUGAAAAAAAUCAAUGUAAAUUUAUCCACCAUAAUGGACUGUAACUUGGUUUUAUCUGCAAGUACUUUUAUACCAAUUAAAAUGCUGCCUCGUUCAAUUCGGAGAUCCUAGAACACAGUAAUGUACAGUACUGAGCACGGAGACUUCUCUAAGGUGAAUGGCAAUAGAGGGGAGGUGGCCCAUUAUACAUAUGUACUUACAUAUAUAGAUGUUAGGGCCCUAUCACUUGUAUGUAUGUUUGCGCGGGAAAUUUGGAUUGAUUAUAUUUCUUAGUUAUAUACUAAAUUUGCUCAUGUUUAAUAAUUAAAAAUUAUAUUGUAAAGUACUCUUAAUAUUAAUAUCCCUCAAAAUUAAGAUUUAGAGAAUUUCUACCGUACUCGGUACUGUACAUAGAUGCAACGUAACUUCUCUUGGUUAAGUGUAAGUGUAUAUCGGUUUCUUUCCGGAAACAAAUAGGCGUAAAACACUGUUUACAAGUAUAAUAAUCCCUCGAGUGUUGAUUUUAAUUUUUUUUCAAUAUAUUGUGUGUACAAAUUAAUUCGGUGCUACAGUUAUUCAAAUAAUCAUUUAUAUUCUCGCGUUACUUUUCAAAUCCAUCAAAACGUGAAAAAUUCGAAAUUAAACAUCGAAUUGAUUUGUACACCAAUAUAAUAUCACCAUUAAUUACAACAGGCAUUUGUUUCCGUACAGUGAUGAGAAAUUUAUUAUCGUUGGACAAAAUGAGAUUCACUCUUGCUGUUGAACAGCAGACAACCAUAACCUCUUGUACGAGCAAUGUGACAUUGUACGGUGUUUAAAUAUCCCUUAAUCUUAAACGUCAUGGAUAGAAUAAAUAAAUAACUGUAACUUUGAGCAUUAUAAAAAAGUCUGCAGGCAUUUAUUAAAUAUU